GCAUGGAUGUGAGAUACAGGGACUGGUGAGAACUAUGUGAACACACUGUGCCUCUGUGUUCAACCUCUCAUGGAUGCACUCAGUCACCCACACAGAGACAGACACCCAGCCAAGGCAGCCGAGAGAACACAUUUACCCCAACGGCCUAUUAUGAAGACACCGUCGAGAUUCCACAUUCAAACCCAACCGUGACAUUCUGGCUCAAUGCUUGAAAAUUCUUAAAAAAAAAAAAAUCUUGUACGUCAGGUAAACAACACAAACAAGAGGCGAUUUUUGAAAAGGAAAUUAACAUGAAAUAAAUACUGUUCACUUUUUCAACCCUGACAAGACAGGAAUGUAUUUAUUAUGCUGAGGGAAAGAGAUAUCUGGAACUCUGUCACGUCUCUCGUCAAACUAUUUGCACAGCAGGUUUUCAAGGCAGGUCCUCUGGGAAUUGAGGUUCUUCAAGGCUUCCGCUCCAUGUCAAUGUGGCGUUACCACAUACUUUUCAGAAGUGAAAGAAUUGAAACACGAGCUCUCCAGGAUGUGCGAGGUAGAGGAGACCCCCGAGCCGGCCAGCCCCACCUUCCUGGGGGAGUCGUCCGACACCUACUGCCAGGUGGACCGCUGGCAGCACCUACGCACCGCUGUGCGUAAACUGGAGUUCUGGGAAGACUUCAGUGCUGAGCUGAUAGGCAGUGGAUUUUUCUCCAAAGUCUACAAGGUAAUGCACAGCACAACCAGGAAGGUGACGGUGGUGAAGAUCUACAAGAACGACGUGGACCAGGACAGCAUCGUCCGAGAGAUCAGCCUGCUGCAGAAACUCUCUCAUCCCAACAUCGUCAGGUAUCUUGGCAUCUGUGUGAGAGAAGAUAAGCUCUAUCCCAUACUCGAGUAUGUGAGUGGGGGCUGCCUGGAGGACCUGCUAGCCCAGGAGGACGUGCCUCUAUGCUGGAGGGAGAAGGUGGAUCUGGCCUGUGACAUCAGCAGAGGAAUGACCUACCUCCACUACAAGAACAUCUAUCACAGAGACCUCAACUCCAAGAACUGCCUGAUCCGGGUGACGUUACGAGGCCGGGAAGCGGUGGUGACAGACUUCGGUCUCGCCAGAGAGGUGGUGACCGAACUUCCCGCCAACAGUCCUGAAAGGAAGAUGUCUCUGGUUGGCUCUGCUUUUUGGAUGGCCCCAGAAAUGCUGCGAGGUGAACCGUACGACCGCAAGGUGGAUGUUUUCUCCUUUGGGAUCAUGCUGUGUGAGAUCCUGGGCCGAAUCCCAGCAGAUCCAGAGAUUCUUCCCAGAACAAAGGACUAUGGUCUGGAUGUCGAGGCUUUCAGUGAGAUGGUUGAGGGCUGUCCACAACGCAUCCUGGAGCUGUCAGCCAGCUGCUGUUUGAUGGACGCCUUCCGGAGACCCUCCUUCUCAGAGCUGCUGGACGAGCUGGAGGACAUCGCCGAGACCCUCGAGCCCCCCGACUCGGACCUGACGACGGGGUGAAGGGGCCCCAACGGCUACCCCCGGCCCCCCCUCACCACCCCCACCACCACAGCCGCCACCACCCUCCCCAACCCCAAACCCUAUUCCUCCUCCUCCCCCCUAACUAGAGGACAUUGUGGACUAGGGCACGCACAGAGGAGAGAGAGAGAGUGGGCCGGCCGACAGCUGGUCUUCACAGGAGGAGCCAGGUCCUCUCCGUAGACACACCAGUAGGGAAACACAGCGUCAUACCACCGCUCUCUUCCGGAGCCGUGUCCGUGAGAGCAGCCGUGUUUCUCGGAGACAAGGGACACAAAAACAGACGUCCGGACUUUGCGUUUGCCUUCCCCUUUCCGUCUUUCCACAGUCCAAACCCAAUUAAGGUGGGGCUGUCUGGAAACGGACCCGGGCGGAAGAGAAACCCUGACCAAAACGUUCCCUCAAGGACAAUUCCUUUUCCUUAAAUCGUGCGCUUUUAAUUCCGCUUGAAGACGAUGACGACUUCUUUUAAUGUCCUUUAAAUGUAACUCUAAAUGUAAAUAUUGAACAGGACCUUUUUUCUUUCCUUUAAUCCAUUUCUUUGUUCUUUUUCCAAGUGGCCUCCUAUUCUUAGAUGACGUCAACGUAACGUUAAAGGCUUAUUCGGUCAGCAAGAUAAAAUAAGAAGGAGCUAUUAGCUGGUUGCAGGCGUUUCCAGGGAGACAACUUGCAAGAGAUUUUGCACUAGCAUUGACUGUUACCUGGUAGAAUAAUAUACUGUAUGUAAGACAAAAGAAGUGUUCCACUAUGUGGCUUAAGGACCAAACUACUCUCAUUCCCCUUUGCCUUUCAUUAUUUCUCUCUCACUCAUUCUAUUUUUUUCGGAGGGAGGGGCGGGGGAGGGCCUUCAUGUUUUUUUAUGAGCAGAGAGGAAGGGUGGACGUGCGACACCAGGGGAGAGCAGAGAAAGGAUGGACCCGCUCUCCUCCUUCUCCUCCUCCUCUCACCCCUCUCUCAGGGUAGGGGAUGAUAGCACACUGUAGAACGACAACUUCAAACUCGGCGAGACUUCAACAGUCAUGGGUUUAUAAAGUGACAGUCUUUUUUUGUCUUGUCAAGUUUGUACAGUUACUGUCCAAUCUCCCCAACGGGGAAGGAUAGAUGUUGUUUACCAUAUCCCGUCCAUACAGGGCUAUUUGUGUAUAUUUUAUGAAUCUGUUGGAUGUCUUGUGCAAUGGGUAAAUAGGAUUUUGCCUACUUAAGAAAUAUCAAUAGAUUUGUAUGGACAAUUGGAAAUGACUUAAUAAAAUGUGUAUAUUUAGACUCAC